CUUCAGAGCAGAGAUGAAGUCAAUCUGUUUUGUUUUCCUGCUGGUGGUUGCUUGUAAUAUGGCUGGUGGUAUGAUAAAGGAAUUUAUAUUAGGUAGCUUUGUAGCUAACUGGUAUGAUGCUCAAUCACAUUGCAGAUACUACUACAGAGAUCUGGCCACCAUCAACUCUGUGGAUGAAAACAACCGAUGUUUCCAAGCAGGACAAAUCUAUUAUGGAGGCUGGACUGGUCUGCGCAAAAUCUCAGGCAGCUGGACAUGGUCUGAUGGACAACCUCUUCAGAAAUGGUAUAACAACUCAAAUUCUUAUAUUGAUUAUCCAACAUUUGGUGACUACUGUGUUCACAUGGCUAAUGGAGGAUACUGGCUGAGUGACUACUGUGGGUACGGGAAGAAUUUCUACUGCUAUCGGUUCCUGAUCCUGGUAAAGGAGGAGAAGACCUGGGAUGAGGCUCAAAACUGGUGCAAAUCUAAUUACACUGGUUUGGCCUCUUUGACAUCUGAGUCAAGUUUGAGGCAGCUGAAACUAGAGACAGCACAGACUCAGACAGUGAACGUGUGGACCGGUCUGCGCUUCAGGAACGGUAACUGGUCUUGGGUGAGCGGGGAGCCGCUGGGGAGCCUGGUCUUAGCGAAUCGUUCAUGUCCGGUGAUGACUGACAGCUGUGGAUCUCUCAACACCAUCUCAAACACCAUUAAUAACCAAAACUGCAUGGACAAGCUGAACUUCGUCUGCUACUUGAAGUGAUUUUACACAAAUCUGCUUCAGGAAGAAUAUUUGCAUCACACAAUAUAACCAUUUAUUAUUUUCAGCUUCAUUUACAAAUAUUGAACUGGGUUUUAGGUUUAGAUUCUGAUAGAAUUAAACAGCUGAGGAAAUCAUUUGAUGGUGGAGGGUCAGAUUAUAUAAUAAUGUAGAAAUCUACUCACUAUAAACUUGAUCACAAUUCACUGAUGCUGGAUUCUGGAUUGUGAUUGGUCAGAAGGUGUUGAUUAAUUUAAAACACAAGACUGUAUCACGAUUCAAAAUUGAAUAUUGUGUCACCCGGAGGAAACUGUCCCCCCGGUGAUGUAUGGUGAUGGAAACAUCUUGUUGUAGCAAAAUCCUUUAUCCAGCGGAGCCUUAUAAUUUGGUUGCUCUUGUCUCAAGCAUUUAUGGACGCCUUCAUUUAGUUUGCAAAAAAUAAAUAAAUAAAUAAAUAAAAAAUGCUUCAAAUUUAAAGAUUUGACACAAAA